AUGGUCAAGCAUGAAAGAAGUCAUACUGAAGAGCAGCCCUCUGAGGUUUUUCAUUGUGGGCAAGCCUUUGCAUUUCAGAGUCAUGACCUAAGACAAGAAAGAAUUCAUACUGGAGAGAAACUCUAUGAAGAUAUCCGAUAUUUUGAAGCCUUUGAAUAUCACAGUAGUCUCCAAAUACAUAAAACAACACUUGCUGGAGAGAAAACCUAUGAGAGUAACCAAUGUGGUAAAGACUUUGUAUCUCACAGUUCUCUUCAAAACCUUCAAAGUGUUUAUACUGGAGAGAAACUUUCUGAAUGUAACCAGCGUAGUAAAACCUUUACACAGAACAGUCAUCUCCAAAGACAGAAAAGCACACAUACUGGAAAGAAGCUUUAUGAAUGUAGCCAAUGUGGUAAACACUUUACAUGUCAAUAUGGUUUAUUAUAUCACAAAAAUUUACAUACAGGAGAGAAACCCUAUGAGUGUCAUCAGUGUGGUAAAGGCUUCAUAGUUAAAAGUCAUCUUCAAAUUCAUACAGUAGUACAUACUGGAGAGAAACCUUUUGAAUGUAACCAAUGUGGUAAAGCCUUUACACAAAGUAGUAAUCUUCUAAGACAUAAAAGAAUACAUACUAGAGAGAAACCUUUUGAAUGUAAUCAAUGUGGUAAAGCCUUUGCUCGAAACAGUCAUCUCCUAACACAUAAAAGAAUACACACUGGAGAGAAACCUUUCAAAUGUAACCAAUGUGGUAAAGCCUUUGCACAAAAUAGUACUCUUCUAACACAUAAAAGAAUACAUAGUGGAGAGAAACCUUUUGAAUGUAAGCAAUGUGGUAAAGCCUUUACACAAAUUGGUAAUCUUCUAUCACAUAAAAGAGUACAUACUGGAGAGAAACCUUUUGAAUGUAACCAAUGUGGUAAAGCCUUUAAACAAAGAAGUAAUCUUCUCAGACAUAAAAGAAUACAUACUGGAGAGAAACCUUUUGAAUGUAAUCAAUGUGGUAAAGCCUUUACACAAAUUGGUAAUCUUCUAUCACAUAAAAGAGUACAUACUGGAGAGAAACCUUUUGAAUGUAACCAAUGUGGUAAAGCCUUUGCACAAAAUAGUAGUCUCGUAACACAUAAAAGAGUACAUACUGGAGAGAAACCUUUUGAAUGUAACCAGUGUGGUAAAGUGUUUGCAUAUAACCUUGAGCUCCAAAUACAUAAAAGAAAACAUACUGGAGAGAAACCCUAUGAAUGUCAUCAAUGUGGCAAAACUUUCUAUAACAAAAGCAAUCUCCUGAGACAUAAAAGAAUGCAUACUGGUGAGAAACCCUAUGAGUGUAACCAAUGUGGUAAAGAAUUUACACGUGAUUAUUUUCUUCAAAGGCAUAAAAGAAUUCAUACAGGAGAGAAACCUUAUGAAUGUAAUCAAUGUGGUAAAUGCUUUGCAUGUCAAGGUGGUCUCCAAAGACAUAAACGAACACAUACAGGAGAGAAACCCUAUCAAUGCAAUCAGUGUGAUAAAACCUUUGCAUGUUACAGUAGUCUCCUGCGUCAUAAAAGAACACAUACUGGAGAAAGACCAUAUGAAUGUAGUGAAUGUGGUAAAGCCUUCAAACAGCACAGUCAUUUUAAAAUACAUAAAAGAAUACAUACUGGAGAGAAACCCUUUGAAUGUAACCAAUGUGGUAAAACUUUUGCACGAAGCACUCAUCUACGACAACAUAAAAGAGUACACACUGGAGAGAAACCCUAUGAAUGUAAGCAUUGUGACAAAGCCUUUGCACAUUAUAAUAGUCUCCAAUUGCAUAAUAGAAAACAUACUGGAGAGAAACCCUAUGAAUGUAAUCAGUGUGAUAAAGCCUUUUCAUGUCUAAGUAGUCUCCUGUGUCAUAAACGAACACAUAACACACACAGGAGAGAAAACCUUUGA